AUGAUAUUCAUAAGAUUAAUAUGUGUUCUAAUAAUCACUUCAAUAUCAGUAGCCGUCCAAUUCCCACCGAAUCCCACGUCGGAUAUGUCGGGAGAUGAAAAAAUUCAAAAGAUAAAUAAAACAGGUGACUUUUCGGAGGAAAGUGGUCAUGAGAUUGACGCUGAUGUAGAUGAUGCUAAAGAAAAGAAGUUUCUAGAUGAUGCUAUGCGGACUGUUUUAGAUCCUACUACACAGAUAAUUAAGCCUAAUGACGUUGUAGAAACAUUUAAGGUUCAGCUAGAAGAACUAGACAAAGUUAAUACAACUUUGGAGCUGUUCAUGGAAGAAAUGGACAAAUUAAGUUUAGACGUCUGUAAAACAUCACAAGAGGCAUUAUGGUCGUAUGUUACAGAUAUAAACAACGAUUCUAAAAAGAACAAAAUGGUACGCAUUGCUGCCGAAGAAGAUGAGAUCAAAAAACAAUAUUGGAAUAUAUUAAAAAGUAAAUAUUUAAAUAAUGAACAGAUAAAGAAUGACACAAAAAUACAAAGAAAAAUAAGGAUUAUAAAAGAACGAGGAACUAAUGUGCAGAUGCCUCAAAGCAAGCAAAGAGAAGAAAUAGAUACAAUGCAGAGAAUUUGGAGUCGAGUUACGGUGUGUGCGUACAAUUCAACAUGUAGUUCGGAAGAUUCGGUACGGACGAUGAGUGACAUUAUAUCAAUUUUUAAAACGAGCAACGAUACAAAAGAAUUAGCAUAUUAUUGGAAGGUUUACCGAGAUACGACCGGCAAGAAAAUACGCCCAAUAUUCAAGGAUUAUGUAGUGAGGAUGAAUAGGGUUGCGGAAUCGGAAAACUUUACUGAUGCUGGAGAUAUGUGGAGGUACGCAUUCGAAGACGACCAUUUUGUAGAAACCGUUGACAGAAUUUGGAAAGAAAUUAAACCAUUCUACAAUUUAUUACACGACUAUGUCAGAGCUAAAUUAAAGUUGGUGUAUAAAGAUGUACUGAUGGACGAUGAUAAUCUCAUUCCAGCCCACAUUUUAGGCAACUUAUGGGCACAAGAAUGGCAAGCUAUAUAUCCAAAAGUAGUGACGUAUACAAAUCAUAUGAGACCUAAAUUGACAACAAAUGAGACCAUUCAUUCAAAAGACCUGUUCGACGCAGUGGAUGAGUUUCAUCAAUCCCUUGGCUUUGAAAGCGCAAAAGAUUCGUAUCAAGACAUAAAGGAGACUAUGACUACAGCAAAUUGUUUGCCAUCCAGUCAUGAUAUGUGUGAUGGUCUAAACUAUAAGAUAAAAUGGUGUGGUGAAAAGGUUACCGACGUGGUUGUAGGGUUAUCACGAGCUGCGAGACUUUUAGGACACGUGCAAUAUUUUAAGCACUACAGGAAACUGCCGCCGUUGUAUCGUGAUGGUCCUAAUCCAGCGUUUCACGAUGCAAUCUCCGACAUCGUUGCAGUCCAGCUGACUUCACCUGAACACUUGGAGACCUUGAAUCUUGUGAAGGUCGACACCGGUCCAGAGGUCACGAUUAACCAUCUCCUCUGGGUCGCUCUUGAGAAGUUUCCUUUGAUGGCGUACGCUUAUGUGCUGGACAAGUGGCGGUGGGAUGUCUUCGGUAACAGCAGUCUGGAAAAUUGGAAUCAACAUUGGUGGGAUCUUAGGAUAAAAGAGACUGGAGUGUCGCCACCAGUACCGAGGAAUGAAACUGACUUGGAUCCAGCAGCAAAAUACCACGUAGUGUCACAUGUACAGUAUAUUACAUAUCUGAUAUCACAUGUUUUGGAGUUUCAAAUUUUAUUGUCGCUGUGUAAAAAAGCGAACCACACGGGACCGCUCCAUGAAUGCUCUAUUUACGGCGUUCAGGAAGCAGGAAAACUUCUGAGCGAAGGCAUGUCCCUUGGUGCUAGUGAAGAUUGGAGGACCGUUCUUUUUACAAUAACCGGUGAAAGAGAACUAUCAACUAAAGGCAUUCUGCAGUAUUUUUCUGAACUUCAAAAAUUCUUAAUAGAGGAGAAUGCCAAAUUGGCUCUCAUUAGCGAAGCAGACAUGGAUCAAAGCGCGCCAAUCAUUGUCGGAGCCAUUGUAGUAUUAUUGACAAUAAUUAUUAUUGUAUUAUACUGUGUUAAGAAACACGAUGUUGGAAGUAAAGUGCUGUCUGCUUGCGGUUUGAGUAAAAAUGGCUCUCUGGACAUCGUGACAAAUGAACUACCACAGAGUAAGACCCAUGAAGCAGAUGGUAUAAGCGAAGAUAAAGUUUAG